GGAAUAUUUCUUCUUCUUGCCUUCAUUAUAUGAAAUCUGAGCUCUCUAGAUGUGUUGGCACAUGUUAUAAGGCAAUCAGAUCCACAGUUACAACCAUUAUUGCCGCACUCUUUCGAUGGGUUCGUGUCGCUGGAUGGAUGGAUCUGUUCCAAGAACUAUAUGAAUGUAUCUGUUGUGCGGAUCCUGAUCGCAAUGAAACCGCCCUGGAGGUUUUUUGUAAGAUAAGUGAAAAUGAUGCUCAACAUUUGAACGUGGAUAUUAUUGGUUUGCCUGAACGCCCAAUUUGUGUAUUCAUGCCAGUGUUAGUACAGUUUCUCAGAUCUCCAGAUGCAACUUUUAGAAAAUUAGCACUUGGUUGUGUCAGGCAAUAUAUGGUGAUGCCAAACACACCAAGUUUGCAUUACUACAUGGAUGAGUACUUUGAGCACUUGCUUGAUCUCUUUAAAGAUCCCUCACUGGAUGUCCGGAAACAGCUCGUUGAACAUCUUCCAUCAACUUUGGAGAAAAAGUUGGCUAAGAUGGAUGAUGAAGGUUGGAAUGACAAUGAGUCGGCAUUCUCAUCGUUUGGUGCUAUAGCAGAGGUUUUUGCCUUGCUAAUACUACAUAUUGAUGAGAAGUUUCCCUUGAUACGGAGUACGAUACGUCAUAUUAUUGUGCUCUGCAGCAAGUUUACUAUCCAGGGCCUUGGCCAUGCAGAUGGUGGGGAACAAUUUGUGCUUGUCCUCAUAGGAUUGCUUGGUAAGACGUUGGAUGUGGAUGAAAACGUGCAGGAGCUUGCCGUCUAUGCACUUGAAGCACUGGAAGAGGAAAUGGAGAUACAGAAAGGUGCUGAAGAUGAAGCGAUACUCGCUUGCCAGUACUACAUCCAGGAGCAUGGAGCGGAGGGCUGGGAAAAGUUGAUGUCCAUCCUUGACCCAGCAAUUGUUCGAAGGCUUCAAAGGUUGAGAUGGGGAGAAGCAGAGGUGGAGGGGAGGUGGAGGAGACCAGGCCACAGUUGCGUCCGACGGUUGCAGAAUGAGCCCUUUUCACGCCCUCCUCAGACCCUCCUACUCACCAGCCAGUGGCUCAGACGCCCAGCCCAGCUGUUUCGUUCUACAUACUAGUUGCAUCUUUUUCUCUUUUUUGCCUCCUCAGCUCGGAUUUGACUGGUCAACCUUGCAGCUUGUGCACUGAUCAAGACGCAGGCCACACAGGCAGGCAGGAAGACGGGCAUGAAGCAUUCGUUUGCUGCCGUUUCUCCAGGUAAUCUGAUUCUCCGUCAGGUUUGCCUGGCUGCCUAGGCACUAACAACAAACUCCAUCCUUUGUUUGGCUGGCUAUCGCCCUAAGACCUAGUGGACCUCAUUGUGAUGGCUGGCUCCAGUAGCAGGCAGGCACGAGAUGGAAACUACCAGUUUGAGGAGGGCCGGGAGUAGCAAAUUAGACAUGGUUUCUUCCAUCCUUUGCCUGCAGCUAUCAUCUACCAACUGUUUCUGUUUUUACGUGUACCAACUGUUACUUAUUAACCUGUAUGUAUGUAUGUAUGUAUGUAUGCCUCUUGUCUUUGUAUUCCAGCUACGCACGGCUGUAUACAACAAGAAAGAGACCUGAAGAAAGAAAAUGCAGGCCACCACCCGAGCCACAAGUUCUAAUUGAAGUGGCCGAUUAUCCAUUGAGUUGGUAAGAUUAGGAGGUAAUCUUCACCACUAAUUAUUUUAUUUUUAUAUAUAGGUUGCCUGUUUUGGUGGUGUGCAUUCAAGAUUGAAACUAGCUAGCUUUUAACGUCUUCUCUUCUUUGCAGUAUUCUCGUGUUUCUUCUAGGAGAAAAUGCUUUGCUUGUGUGGUUUGUCUAGUGUUCCUGUUUGUUUGUUUCUCGAGUUACAGGCAAGCUGUGGUUGGCCUAAUGUUAGGAAUGGAGGGCUGGUAGGUUCGGCCUCUGCAAAUUGCAUACUAUCAUGAUCUUUGUAAUUUUUUGUUUAGUUAUGUUUUCGUUCCUCUGCUCUAUCUAUGGUAUAUAUAUUUAGUAAUUCUAUAUCUUAUUCCAUUAUAUUCUGAUGGAACUAAUGGUCUGCACACCACAAGGUGUUUUCACAAGAUUCUUUAUGAUCUGGCAAUUCGAUAUAUUUUGCACAUGCUAUGACAUGUGGGGGCAUAAUUAUCAGUGCCGUCCCCAUGCUCAAGCUACAUCAAUAUCAGGGGCUGCUCAUCUCCUAGUAGGUUAUCUUGGUAGUUAUUUUAUUACUCCCUCCGUCCCAAAAUUCUUGUCUUAGAUUCGUCUAGAUACGGAUGUAUCUAACACUAAAACGUAACUAGAUACAUCCGUAUUUAGACAAAUCUAAGACGAGAAUUUUGGGACGGAGGGAGUAGAUUAAGUUGUUCCCAGUUAGCGGCAGCCUGUUAGCAUAUGAUUCCCUGAUCCUCAGGUAGAAGAUGUUAAUCUUCUUUGUUGCUCCGUCUAUUUCCGCCGCCUAGCUGCGGCAGGCAAAGAUGGAGCAUUACCUCUUUUGCUUGCUUAUGCCCGACCCCAUGACUGUAUGUUUUACUUGUGCUUCCAGUAUGUGGUUUUACAAAACG